CGCUGAUACGAACAAACAGUGGGAGAAUAGCCGGCAAGGGCAGGGAGAAACGGGUGGAAGGCAAUUGUAGCCUUACAUCAACGGCAUAAUUGUAUAUUGUUUAAAAUAUAGAACAAUAUAGAAAAACGAAAACUACUUAUUUAUUCAUAAGAACUGAGAGCCGCAGAAAUGGCACUGCCUGACACCCAAAGCAAGAGGUUUUUUGAAAGUCUGUCUGGAGCGGGGAAAGCAAUCGCAGUGCUGACUAGCGGAGGGGAUGCGCAAGGAAUGAACGCUGCUGUCCGGGCAGUUGUUCGAAUGGGAAUCUAUGUGGGAGCCAAAGUUUACUUCAUCCGUGAGGGAUAUCAGGGUAUGGUCGAUGGUGGAGAAGACAACAUAGAGGAGGCCUCAUGGGAAAGUGUCUCCAGCAUGUUACAAAUGGGUGGCACCGUCAUCGGCAGUGCCCGGUGCAAAGAGUUCAGGACGCACGAGGGUCGCCUGAAAGCAGCCCACAACCUGGUGCAGCGCGGCAUCACCAACCUCUGUGUGAUCGGUGGCGACGGCAGUCUUACCGGAGCCAACCUCUUCAGGGAGGAGUGGAGCGGACUGUUGGAGGAACUGGUGCAGCAAGGGUCGGUUGAUGAAGAUGCUGUCCAGAAGUAUUCAGCUCUGCACAUUGUUGGGAUGGUCGGAUCCAUUGAUAAUGACUUCUGUGGUACCGACAUGACCAUCGGGACUGACUCCGCCCUGCACAGAAUCAUAGAGGUGGUGGACGCCAUCAUGACGACCGCACAGAGCCACCAGAGGACAUUUGUGCUGGAGGUCAUGGGCAGGCAUUGCGGGUACCUGGCCUUAGUCAGUGCCCUGGCCUGCGGUGCCGACUGGGUCCUGAUUCCUGAGAUGCCCCCUGAGGACGGCUGGGAGGAGAAGAUGUGUCAGAAACUGUCUGCGAACCGAGCAGGGAUGAAAAGGCUGAAUAUCAUAAUAGUAGCUGAAGGGGCGGUUGAUUGUAACAACACACCCAUAACGUCAGAUAAUGUGAAGGAUCUUGUGGUCAGAUGCCUGGGGUUUGACACGCGUGUUACUAUCCUGGGACAUGUCCAGAGAGGAGGGACCCCCUCUGCCUUUGACCGUAUUCUGGCCAGUCGUAUGGGCGUGGAGGCUGUGCUGGCCCUGUUAGAGACCACGGCCAACACGCCAGCAUGUGUGGUAUCUCUGUGUGGAAACCAGGCGGUGAGGCUGCCUCUCAUGGAGUGCGUACAGAUGACUCAAGAGGUGCAGAAAGCUAUGGAUGAGAAGAAGUUUGAGGAGGCAGUGAAGUUGCGUGGCAGGAGUUUUGAAAACAAUCUGAGGACAUAUAAGCUCCUGGCUCAUCGUAAACUAGAGUCAGAACUUCCACAUACUGACUUCAAUGUCGCCGUGCUGAACGUGGGAGCUCCGGCUGCCGGCAUGAACGCUGCUGUCCGCUCGGCCGUCAGGGUGGGGAUCUCCGAAGGACACAAGAUGUUCGCUGUCAACGACGGCUUCGAAGGAUUCUACAAGGGACAGAUAAAAGAGAUCAAAUGGGCAGAUGUCGGAGGAUGGACAGGUCAAGGUGGAUCUCUGUUAGGAACUAAACGAACACUCCCUGCAAAGCAUGUUGAAAAAAUUGCUGAGCAGAUGCGAGCAAAUAACAUAAAUGCGUUGUUAGUUAUCGGAGGAUUUGAGGCCUACCUGGGACUCAUGGAAUUGUUAGACGCCCGUGGGAAAUAUGAGGAGUUCUGUGUGCCCAUGGUCAUGGUCCCAGCCACUGUCUCCAACAAUGUGCCGGGUUCAGACCUCAGCAUCGGCGCUGACACGGCUCUGAAUGCCAUUACUGAUACAUGUGACCGCAUCAAGCAGUCAGCCAGUGGGACCAAGCGGCGUGUGUUCAUCAUUGAAACCAUGGGAGGCUACUGUGGGUACCUGGCCAGUGUGGGGGGGCUGGCCGCUGGGGCGGAUGCAGCCUACAUUUAUGAAGAGCCAUUCGACAUCCGGGACCUUCAGUCCAACGUUGAGCAUCUGACCGAGAAGAUGAAAGGAGCCAUUCAAAGAGGACUGGUGCUAAGGAAUGAGAACAGCAAUGAGAACUACACGACAGAUUUCAUCUACCAGUUGUACUCAGAGGAAGGGAAAGGAGUUUUUGACUGCAGGAAAAAUGUGCUAGGUCACAUGCAGCAGGGAGGAGCGCCGUCUCCAUUCGACCGCAACUUUGGAACAAAGAUCUCCGCUAAAGCCAUGCAAUGGCUGUCCAAGAAACUGAAAGAGACCUUCAGACAAGAUGAAGGGAGGGUGUUCGCCAACACUGAAGACUCGUGCUGUUUGCUGGGGAUGCGGCGCCGAGCCCUGGUCUUCCAGCCCGUUGUACAGCUAAAGGAUGAAACGGACUUUGUUCACAGGAUCCCUAAGGAGCAGUGGUGGCUGAAGCUCCGCCCACUGAUGAAGAUCCUUGCCAAGUACAAGACGAGCUACGACGUGUCGGACUCUGGGCAGCUGGAGCACGUGGUCCGCAACGUCAGACCCAAGGAGUCGGACCCCUCCGGUGCCAUGUGAGCAUCGGCCGUCAUGGGUCAGAGUGCACGGGGGUUAGAGGUCACCGGGUCCAGUGUCUCGCUGCUCCUUUAGAUGGUGGGCCGUCUUUAUAAACAACACCAACCAUCAACAACCACUUAGAGCCCUCUGCUGGUCAGCCAGUCGAGUAGUUCGAAUAGCACUUUGUUUAGUUUCCUGUUUCUUUGGUCGCUGUUGUCUGUCACUCCACUGUUGUGCUACUCACAGAAUGGCGUGUCCAAUCAGACGGUGUGUUACUGUUGAGCGCUCUCCAUCUGAACCCCUGAUUCCGCCGACCCACCUGCGCUGCGCACGUGACGGCUCAUAGAGUAAGUCCUGGAAGGACGUCGGCCUCCUCGGACCUCAGCCAUUCCUAAGUCCACGUGACGGCCCAUUGCUCCCGUGUCAGUCCCAAGCCCCGUCGGUCACUGUGGCUGUGUCGUCUGUGAUCAUUCAGCUGUCAUGUUAAACUGCACCUUUCCCUGUCUGUUCGUUGACCCCUGAUGUCAGUGCCCGAGACUGGCCAGCCUGCGAGUAGAUGAUCCAGUACUGUAGUUAUGCCAGUGUGAGGUUAUCCAGACAUUUGCGUACCUGUGAGAUGCACAAAUGCAAAGAAAUAAACAACUGGAGCGGUUUUGUUUUCCUAGAUGUUAUGUUAUUUUUUUUGUUUUAACUUCAUGUCAGUUUGCUUGAAACAUGACUAUAUUAUAAAAGAGGAGUCUAAUGUCAUAAAUCAUUCAUUUAAAUGUGUAAUUCCAAUACUUCCCACACAAUAAACAUCAAACAUGAAAAUAUGAA